UUUAAACAAAUCAACAAGUCGAUUGGACUCAACUGGAAGGACAAAUGUCCAGUAUUCUUGAAUCAAUGUCUCUGUCAAAUAUUUGUAAUCUCUGAAUUGAGCGGUUAGUUGAGGCCUCGUGGUCUCCAUGGAGUCAAUGUAAACCAUUAGCCUGUUGGUGUUGCAAUAAAUCAUCUGUUUAGUUAUUUCUCAAUCAAGUUUGUCAACUUGGAUCUUAAAUGUUGUUUCAUUCUCAACAUGAUUAAGUUACUCAUUUCAUGUGAUUAGUUAUUUAAAUGAGGAAAUGAACCAUGAGUGCAACUCGAGAAUGUUUUCCCAUCAAUGACUUGGAAGGUUUGAUCACAUGGAACUCAGAUGAUUGUGGAAUCGACGCAAAUUUGAUAAGUGACCUAAAGAAUCAUCACUUUUUUGAUGGUCCGAAAGUUAUUCUGUGCCAUGAUAUGAAGGGAGGAUAUUUAGAGGACCGGUUUAUAGAUGGCGAUGACAAUUACCAAGCGUAUCGAUUUUUUCACUGGUUUUUAAUUGACACUUUCAUUUAUUUCUCUCAUCACUUGAUCACAAUUCCACCCUUGACAUGGAUCAAUGCUGCUCAUACGAAUGGAGUUUCAAUCUUGGGAACCAUAAUCACUGAAAGCAAAAGAGGCUCGGAAAUUUGUGACGAUUUAUUGGAAUCAGAUGAAAAAAUUGUUCUUAUUUGUCAAAAGUUGGUUGAUAUCGCUCUUUAUUUCAAGUUCGAAGGCUGGUUCGUGAACAUUGAGAACGCAAUUUCCAAGACCAAUGUACCGAAACUCCUUCAGUUCAUUGAGACUCUAAAAAGUUUUGUUAAAAAAGCGAUUCCAAAGGGUCAAGUUGUUUGGUAUGACUCGGUGACAAUUAAUGGAGUUCUGGAUUGGCAGAAUUGUCUCAAUCACAAGAAUGUCGCAUUCUUUCAAUGCUGUGACGCUAUUUUCCUCAAUUACACUUGGACUGAUCAUAAUUUGAGAGACUCGUCCGGUUUCGCUGCUUCUCUCGGCCGAUUAAAUGAUGUCUUCGUUGGUAUCGAUGUAUUCGGACGAGGGAUGGUCGGUGGCGGAGGCUUCAAGACUAAUGUUGCUGUGGACAAGAUUCGUCAACAUUUAUUACCAAUCGCCAUCUUCGCCCCUGGAUGGGUCUUGGAGGUACUUGGACCAGAAAAGUUCACUGAGAACCAAAUCAAAUUUUGGGAAAAAUUGUCGUUGAAUAUCAGACAUUUACCCAAAGAUAUUCCCUUUUACACCAACUUUUGCCAAGGUUUCGGUCUGAGUAAAUAUAAGAAUGGCGAGAGAAUCAGUGAUUCGACUUGGUACAAUUUAUCACUAGUGGAACCAUCCACACGAAAUUAUGUCGAUGGUGAAAUAUUUCUCGAAGAUGCUUAUGAAGGAGGACAAUCGAUUCGCUUAAUUAAUUGGAAUGAGCCAUUAAUUAAAUGUUAUUUCAGUUUGCGAACUGGAUUAGAAGUACAAUUGAUUUUCAAAACUAUUCCCAAAUUUCCAGAAUUUCCGAUCAUCCAAAUUAAAGUGCAAUAUCAAAACCCUGGAUCAACUGAUAUCUUAUUACUACAUAAAGAAGAUUUCGUUAGCGAAGAAACAUUAUCUUGUUUGGAACCACCAAUCGCUUAUGAUAACUCAAGUUGGAAUUCUGUGCGAUUCAAUGUGAGUCCAAACAGCAACGCGGUACUUACAUCAAUCAGUAUCGAGAAAGUUGAUCUAACUACGGAAUCGAGUUUCUUACUUGGUGCUUUGAGAGUCGAUCAUCCAACGGAAAGAAAAAUUGUUCAGAAAUUAAGUUUGCUUGAAAUUCAUUAAAGUUCAGACAUUUUAAUACAAACCA